CCGGAAGUGUAGCUUUGUCAGUGUUGCUGAAAUCACGUGCACGGAAAUAAUGUUUAUAUUUUUCCGGCUUUCGAACACAAUUGUAUAAUAACAACUUUAACAACGAAACUUACUUGGCCUAAAGGAUGGCUCAUGAAGGUGGACCGCCUUUCCUCGUCUCUCUCUUCAUGUUUCUCUUCAUGCUUCCAUCUGUGUGUGACUGUCACCCUCACCCUGCUGGGUCCAUGAGGUCAAUGGCCAAUCAUACUGCAAGGAAAGUCUCAGACAUAGCUGCAGAGGUAGCAGGCUACACUGAUGUGGCCAAAAAGAUCAUUGACCUGGCUGUUUUUGGAGCUGCUCAGAACCGCUCUUACAGACGGCUGGCCGACUUCACCGACACCAUUGGGAACCGUGUCAGUGGCUCACAGAACCUGGAGAUGGCGAUUAAAUACAUGUACAAUGCUAUGACACAGGAUGGGUUGGACGUACAUUUAGAGCCAGUCAAAAUCCCACAUUGGGUGAGAGGGAAGGAGAGUGCAGAAAUGAUUGCACCCAGAUCCAAAAGUCUGGCUAUACUGGGACUUGGCAGCAGUGUGGGGACACCACCUGAGGGUGUCGAGGCAGAGGUGUUGGUAGUUCAGUCUUUUGACGAACUAAAGCGAAGAGCUAGCGAAGCAAUUGGGAAGAUUGUGGUCUUUAACCAACCAUUUGUCAGCUAUGGGGUGACAGUGGCUUACCGUGCUUAUGGCGCCUCUGAGGCAGCCAAAGUGGGCGCUGUGGCCACGCUCAUUCGGUCUAUUACGCCAUUCUCUAUUAACAGUCCUCACACAGGUUUGCAGGACUAUCAAGAUGGAGUAAAGCGCAUCCCUUCAGCCUGUAUCACCGUGGAGGAUGCUGAGCUGAUGUGGCGUAUGGCACAGAGAGGGCAGAGGAUCGUGAUCAGACUCACAAUGGGAGCCAAGACUCUCCCGGAUGCUGACUCCUUCAACACAGUGGCUGAGAUACCAGGCUGGGAACACCCUGAGCAGGUUGUCUUACUGAGCGGCCAUUUGGACAGUUGGGAUGUGGGUCAAGGUGCCAUGGAUGAUGGAGGUGGAGCCAUGAUUUCCUGGGAGGCCCUGUCACUCAUCAAGGACUUAGGUCUGCGUCCAAGGAGAACCCUGCGAACAGUGCUGUGGACCGCUGAGGAGCAGGGUGGAGUCGGAGCGCAGCAGUACUUUGAUCUACACAAGGUGAACAUGUCGAACUUUGACCUGGUCAUGGAGUCUGACUUGGGGACAUUUACCCCGGUGGCUCUGCAGUUUACUGGCAGUGUUGCAGCACAAAAGGUGAUGGCAGAAGUGGUUAAACUGUUGGCUCCCAUUAAUACGACCAAACUCGAGGCAAACGGAGAAGGGACAGACAUCUCCCCGUGGUUAAAGGCAGGAGUACCAGGUGCUAGCCUCCAUGUGGCAGACAGUCGAUAUUUUUGGUUCCACCACACUGAAGGCGACACCAUGACCGUUCAGGACCCUCAGGAAAUGAACCUCUGCUCGGCGUUGUGGGCUGUGGUCGCCUAUGUCGUGGCUGACCUACAGGAUAUGUUGCCCAGGUAGCCAGCUCAGGAUGCUGAGCCCCAGGGAACAGCACAAGGUCACUGUGAACUGGACCAGUUCAUCUUAAACAAACAGUCAAAUCAAACUUAGAGUUUUAAUGGAUUGAGUCAGGGAAUCUUUGUUUACACAUUGAAUGUGAAUCAUACUAUAAUAACCAUAAAUAAGUGAAUCCUAGAGAGGAUUAAAGAAAGAGAGUUGCAUUAUUUCAGCACAAACCUUAUUUUAUUUCAUUUUUACAAUAAAAAAAAAACCCAGUAGUUAUAGCAACAAUAUGUUUGAUUGAGAAUAAAGAUCCAAUAUAUUUACAUCAUGUUUUCAUUCCAGCCGGUUUCAUGGUUAUUCUAAGCUAGAUAACCAGGACUGAAAAUAGGGCAUGCAAAAUCCACACAGAGCAAGCUGAUAUGACCAUUCUACAAAAUGUUUUCUAAUGAUUUUGAACAGCGAAUAGCUAAUUAUGCUUAAAACAAGACAUACAUUUAAUGUUGUUCAUGGAAAAGCUGAUUUAAAAAGGAUGGUUUACUGACUGAGGCAAGAAACCAAGAAAGUUAGAAUAGUGGACUUGCUUAGGUACUUUAUUUUUCUGAAUGCUUAUAUUUUGUGUGCUGAGAAAAUAAACUAGCAACAGUAAUGAGCUAAUAAACACGUAUUAUGAGAACUUGUGAAAGUGUUCAAGUCUGUAUCUGUCUGAAUUCAUUUAUAUUGUGUUAUAUAAUAAAUUGUGGAACUGUCUAAAUUCCCAAUUUCCCCGUCAAUUUCAAGUAGAAUAAGAAAGAAGAACGACCUCAUGUUUGAUGUGCUUUUUUAAAAUGGUUGUGCUAAUAAUUUGUACUAUUAUAAUUUCUGUCUGCAUCCUCCCUUAGUGUUGGAUUUCUAUUCUAAUACAACAUUAUAGGAUGUUUGGUAAGACUUAACACCCCAAUUCAGUGUUGUAAUAUGAUAAUUAAAGCAUUUUGGUUUUUUUU